AUGGCCUCGCCGACGAGAGUCUUGUCAACAGGUCAGACAAUACAGGACCUCAUCCUUCUUGGUCAACUACAAAACUUAAAUCCCAAAUCGCGCCGUCCCGCUGGAUGGGUGCCUCCCGCCCUUAAUGAUCCCAAUUAUGUUCCUCCGGUACGACUGAAAGGGGCGCAUCUCUAUUCGGGCACGGCUUUCCUGGCGAUAAGUUUUUUGAUGAUAACGUGGAAGAUCGUAACGACACAACAAACCCGGACUUCGAAAUCGAAGCUGCUUUUCUUAGAAGAUUGGCUGCUGCUGGCGGCUCUGGCUGGACAGAUUACUUAUGUUGUAUUAGCAUGGGUGGCACAACAGUACCAGGUUGGCUGGCAUAUAUAUGAUCUCCGAUAUAUCAGUCUCCUCGAAUUAUAUAAGUACACUGGAAUAUCCAAUAUAAUCCUAAUAUGGAUAUAUUGUACAAGCAGAGCGUCACUUCUCAUCUCCAUCCGCCGGAUGUAUUCUCCCAUCAGAACCCGUCUUAAAUUCCUCAUCGAUUUCCUCGCGGUUGGAAAGUUCUUUACCUUGGUCAUCUGCAUUUUCGCCUUCAUUUUUCAAGUUCCGCAGCAUCCUGAAGCGCCUUUCAACCUUGUCUCCGCCCUAAAGAAUGGAGUUAAUAUCUUGGCUGCUGAUAUUAAACUGAUGGCCGUCCAGUCAGCAUUUGAUACCGUUAUUAUGCUGUCACCAUUACCUCUACUUUGGAAAUUGAAAAAUCUUCCGCGGCGAAGAAGAUGGCAGCUUUUGGCCCUCUGUGGGUUUGGUAUCUUGACAAUGUCGGUGGGAUAUGCACGCCUCGGAAUCGUCAUUCACAUGCAAGAUAUUAUUUGGAUUGAUUUUCCAUGGUAUUUACCCAUCGUUGGAAUCUCAAAUAAUGUUGAAAUAUUCGUUGUUUUAAUAACGGCCUGCGUGCCAACUGCAAAUCUUUUUUUCAAAUGGGCGUAUAAUAAGCCCGGGAUCCCAGCUGCUUGUGCUACUCGAUCUACGCGCCGUCGAAGAACGAUUCGAAAACAUAAAAGAAAGAAAGACAUUGAUAGUACGAUCGACUCCAUCCGAACUGAGGAUACCUAUGAUACUGACUGGAUGAAAGGCGAUACCAUCCAGUCCGACCAGUUCUGUCGACCUAUCGAAAACCCAAAGAACCUUGCCAAAAUAGUCACGAUCGAAGAAGCACCGUCGGCAUUAGAGCCCGUUCUAACGAAACCGGAUUCUUCACUGUCUAUUGACAAGGACCGUGACCUACUGCCUCCGCCGACAAGAUCGAGUAUUGGUAAUUCCGGAUAUUCAUAUCGUGGGGAAGCUUCUAGAUCUUCUAGGAAGAGUAUUAUAAGCUUGAGAGAAACUGACACCGGUGAUGCCGAGGAAGAGGAGGAUAAUUUUUACGAAAUGCUCAUUCCUAGUGAUGCUUUCUUCCCAUUUGGAACAGGGCUACGUCCUCGACCACCAGUACGGUUAUCAAACUCUGGGGAAACGCACGAGUUGCGGGAGGUCUAG